UUAGUUAUUUUGUAGUCACAUAAUGUUUCUAUAAUGCAUAAAGGAAAACCUUUUAUUAUAAUAUGAUUUUAAAAAUGUUGAAAAAAAUAGUUUUGUAUAUGUGUGUGUGCAUGCAGACAUACACAUAUAUGCAGAUAGAUUAAAGAAACGUUUAUAAUUUGAAAAACAUAUAGUUGGUACAUAUACAUGUUUCAACAAAUUGAAUGUUUCAUAUGUAUUAAAAUUACUUUAUAUUACAUACUAUUCAAAAAUGGACUUAGAAGCAACAAUAGUUGAACGUUUACAAAAGUUGAGACAAUGGCAAUCAGAACAACAAAAACAAUUAUUGAAACAGCAACAGAUACAAAGAGAGAUGUUAACUCAAAAACAGGACAGUAUAUAUAAAGCACUUGAGUUAUCAAUACAGGAACUUGAUCUUAAUGAAGAUGUAUUAAGUACAAAUAAUUCAAAUAUUGAUACUGAUAAUAAAAAUAUUGAAAAUCAAAUUUUACAACAAGAAUCUCCUAUAGAAGAAUUAACUGAAAAUUUAGUUAUUACUGAUAGUCAUUUGAAAGAACAUUUAAAAGAUAAAAUAAUGUCUAACACAAAGAAUGAUAUAAAGCUAAUAAUAACUUCUCCAGAACAAGAAAUACAAAGUGGGCAAGUUAUUAUAGAUGGAAUAGCACCACUACCAUCCGAUAAAUCAGUAAUUACUCAUGUUUGUAUUGAUGAUUUACCAAUUCCUUCUCCAAAAAAAGAUUUUCAUACACUACUUGAAGAAAAAUUGAAAGAUUGUGAUAAUGUACCUUGUGAAAAAGUUAAUACUAAUCCAGGAAAAAAGGUGAAAAAACCAUUUCUCAAGAAAGGAGAAGGUUUAUCCAGAUUUAGAUUAAAUCUUCCUACUAUGAAACCAAGAUCACGCAGUGUUUCUGUAUCUAAUAGUAUGCAGUCUAAUUCUAAGCCUUCUAAGAAUGAAAGCAAAAGUAAUAAUAUUGCUCAAUCUUCAAGAACAACAUUGUCAAAAAAUACACAUUGUACAAAUUCAGCUCGGAAGCAUUUAUCUCUAAAAAACAUUCCAUUGCCAAAACAGAAACUUCGUUGCAAAUCAGAAUCCAAUACUUCAGAUAUACCAUUAGAGAAAUAUAUAAAUGAAGUUAAGAAUAAAAUUGAAUUAAAUACUUCAGAUUUUCAGUGUGGUGCACAGGAGGAAUCAGAAGAAGUAAGAAUAUUUGAAUUAUUAGAAGAGAAAGCAGAAAAUUCUAGUUUCUGUUCUACAUCCAGUGCAGUCAUUGCAUUUCUGCAACAGUCAACGCCAUUUAAAAUAAAAAAAGGUAAAUACAAAAUGGAUAAUGACACAGUUAAUGGAGGACAAGAAAUUAGUCCCUUAAUUAAAAAUUGUAUUGAGCAAUCAGUCUUAAAAUCCAACCAAGCUUACAAAUAUAGAAUGUUUAAUAAAAAUACUGAUUCUUAUUGUGAUUUGAUUCCUUUUAUAAAUAAAAAAAUAAUACAAAAUAAUAUGCAAAAUACUAGUGAAAAUAAUAAGACAGGAACAGUUCAUGAUACUGAAAAUAAUAAUGACUCAGAUGUUAGUCUUCAUGUCAGAUUUUCUGAAUACAAUGAAUAUAAGACUAUUGAAUUAACAGAUACAUCUAGUAUAUCAACUGAGUCAUUAGUAACAGGAGACUUCUCAGAUGACAAAGUUUGGAGUGAUUCUUCAACUCUAGAAACAUCUAAUAUAGAAAACUUAUCAGAGAUUUUAGAAGCUCCUAUAAUUACAAAAAGUACAAUACAAGAUAAUAAUUAUAAAUCUAAAUCAGAACACUAUAAUAUUCAGGAAAAAGUAAAUUGUGAAACAAAUUUCCAUCAGAGUAUUUUUCAUAAAGAUGAGUCAGAAUUUUCCAAUCAAUCUUCUGAUGAUGAACAAAGUACCCUACAUAAUUGUAGCCAAAAUAAUUCAGUAUUAGAGGAAAUUGAUACAUCUAAUGACACUGAACAAUCAAAAAGAUGUAUGGACCAACGUGAUAAUAGAAAGAAAAUAGACAAAUAUGUAGACAAUUACAAUGGUAAAGAAGUAAUUGAAGUUAAAGGAACUAAGGAAAAUUUACAAGAAACAAAUGAAACUAUUUUUUCAUCAGAACUUCUAAGAAGUCGUUUGUUGGAAUUAGAGCAAGAAAUCAAUAUAUUUCGUAAGGAAAAUGCAGCUCUAUCUUUACAACGGAAAAAGUUACAAGAAGAUCAUAGAAACAUACACAAAGAAUAUACGGAAAAAGAAAAAAAUUUCGAGGAAAAUAGAAUACAAAUUGAAAAUCGUUUACAAGAUGAGAGAAAAAAGCUAGCGCGUGAAAAAGCCGCACUAGAAAGUAGACUUAGGGAUUCACAAGAAAAAGCUCAACAAAGUAAAUUAGAAAGACAGGAAAUACAAUAUUUAAAAGAAGAAAUAGAAAAAUUAAGAGAAGAAAUACACGUAAAAGAAAGUAGAUGGAAUGCAGCACAAUCUAGACAAAAAUGUCAAAUGAGAAUAUUAAAAAUGGAAAAUUCAAAACUAAAGCAGGAAGUUGAGAGAUUACAAAAUUUGAAGAAAGGUAACAAUAAAAAUAAAGGGAGACCUGGAACCUUUUCUAAUACUAGGGCAAUUCAUCAAAUUAACAAACAACUUAAUAUGCAGCUCCAGGAGUCUAAAAAAAUUAGUGACACUUCAUCAGAUAAUAGCGCUGGAAAAUCAGUAGAAUCAAUAAAUAAGACAGAAAAUAUGAUAGGUGCUAAAAAUAUAGAAGAUAAUGAAUAUAAUUCCAAUAACAGCAAAGAUGUUAUGAAUAAAAAACUACAAAAAGAUCAGACCACUAUGAUAAAUAUUGCAAAGAAACGUAGUUUAUAUGAGAAUUUAAUUAAAGAAGCAACAUCGGACAUGACCGACUUUCAUGAACAAUCUAGUACUUCUGAAAACUUGAGUCAACUUAAAUCGGAUUUAAACAUUAAGUUUAAAAAAUUAGAUACCAUAACAAAUGAUGAAGAAAACAACUAUGAACAAUUUUAUAAAGAAUCUAAUUCAGCUUUUAAUCAUAGUAACUCUAAUGAUAAGAUACAAUCACAAAUACAAAAUGAUUAUAUACAUAUUAUAUCUCCUACAAAAGCUUGCACAGAAAAUUACAAUGAAGAACCAAAGUCAGGAUCAUCGAACGAAUCAUUUAAUAAUGCACAUGCGGAAAAUACAAUGUUAUGUAGCCAAGAUAAUGCUAAUAAGCAACAUAUAAAACAAAUUGAACGCGCAGAUGGUUCAAUAGAAUAUCAGUUUCCAAAUGGAAAUGUUAAAAAGGUUUUUCCUGAUCAAGGUUUGACUAGAUUGAUAUAUUAUAAUGGAGACAUUCGUGAAACUAAUAAAGACGGAAAGAUAAAAUAUUUUUAUGCAUCCACUCGAACGUGGCACACAACAAUGCCAGAUGGUUUAGAAAUUUUAGAAUUUUCUGACGGUCAAGUAGAAAGACGAUCACACAGUGGAGCAGUAGAAGUUUUAUUUCCAGAUGGUUCAGUAAGAAUGUUAGAAGUAGAUGGUACUGAAAGAUGGACAUUACCAGAUGGAACAUUAAUUCGAAUUCUUACUAAUGGGGAAAAGGUUCUUACUUUACCAAAUGGACAGCAAGAAAUACAUACUAAAACUCAUAAGAGACGAGAAUAUCCUGAUGGUACUACUAAAUUUAUUUACCCUGAUGGUACCCAGGAAACAAGAUAUUCAAAUGGUAGAAUACGUCUUAAAGAUAAGGAUGGUAAUCUUUUAAUGGAUUCAUAUCAGUAAAGGCUGUAAAUAAUCGUGUAAUUGAAGUUAAUAUUUAAUAAGAUAAUGAAACUUGAUUCAAAAUCAUAUAUUUUUUUAUGAAUUUUAACAUAAGGGUUAAAAAUGAUCGGAUGUAAGUAACAUUUAAGUUUGAAAUAAA